AUGCUGGCCUGGGGUGUCAGUGCUACCGCCAACAACCUUACUUGUUCGAGCUCAUUCUUUUCUUCUCUCAUCCCAUCCAACGCGACUUUGAACUAUGUGACCCAUGUCCCUGAAAACGGCACGUUUGGUGACAGAUGGGCAGAUACCAAUGCCACGUCUCUGCCAGAAGGAUGUGCCGUUGGCGUGCAGGUACAAAGCUCCAAUGUCUCUCACUAUAACAUUGCCAUGUACCUGCCAUCCUCGUGGAACACGCGCUUCAUGGCCACGGGUAAUGGUGGGUAUGGUGGCUUCACGGCCUGGCACGACAUGGGUCGAUUGGCCCAUUAUGGAUUUGCUGUCAUUUCAACAGAUACAGGCCAUUUCUCUGGACAGGAAGAUGGUAAAUGGGCGUACAACCAUCCUGAGUCCAUCAUAGACUGGGCCUGGCGAGCACUCCAUGGCAGUGUCGUCAUAGGGAAGGACCUCACAGCAUCAUACUACGGACAGACAGCGCAGUAUUCGUACUAUACGGGCUGUUCCACAGGAGGAAGACAAGGACUGAAAGAGAUCCAAGAGUUUCCAGAAGACUUUGAUGGGGUGCUCAUUGGAUCACCUGCGUGGUGGAUGACUCAUUUAGCACCGUUUAUCGCCUGGUUUGGAGCGCAGAAUUUGCCGAUAAACUCCUCUCAUCAUCUAGAACAAAGCCACUUAGCAGCUGUGAGGGCAGAGGUCUUCCGACAGUGCGACCCUCAAGAUGGGGUCACCGACCAAAUCAUCAUGGACCCUCGAGGCUGCGACUUCCGUCUAGAAGGUAUACUUUGCAACUCGUCGAGUAACUCCAGUUCAUGUCUCAAUCCGGCGCAGAUGGAGACCGCCAGGCGUUUGAUCAGUCCCUGGGUCGACGUGAACGCGACCUGGGUAUUCCCAACAUUUUCACUUGGUGCUGCCCUGCAUAUGGCAUCAGGUGCCUCACCAAAUACCCUUGGUACAGACUGGAUCCAAUACUGGAUCCUCAACCAGACCGAAAGUAUCGACUGGAAAACCCUGAACUACUACGACGUUGUCCAAUUGGCAGACUCCAUCAAUCCGGGCGGCAAUGUGCCCAAUCAAUAUAACAUGUCCGAAUUUCAACAACGGGGCGGCAAGCUCCUCCAUUACCACGGACACGCAGACCAGAUUGUGCCGACUGAAGAGAGCCGGUACUUCUAUGAACAGGUUGAUCAGGCUUUUGCGCAGUCGGAUGUGGAUUUGGACGACUUCUACCGCUUCUUCUAUAUCCCCGGUAUGGGCCACUGUAGCUCAUCCGAGUAUGCGCCGUGGUACAUCGCCGGGCCCACACAGUACUUGAACGAUAACAGUACCAGUGUACCCGGCUACGAGGACCGGUACCAUGACAGUGUUCUUGCUCUGGUUGCGUGGACGGAAAACGACGAGGCCCCGGAUUACCUCAUUGCGACGAAGUACAAGGAUGACACCGUGUCGCAAGGAGUGGAAAUCCAGCGUCCCGUAUGCCCAUUCCCGAAAAAGGCACGGUAUACCGGUGGCGAGGUCACGAGUGCAACCAGCUGGGAGUGCGCUUAAACACAACCUGGUUGGCCUUGGCUGGGUCAGGCCCUGUACAUUUCUUUUCGGAUCGGUGGUAUUUCCCUGCGUUUGCGGCCUUGUAAAGAAUCAUAACUGUCUAGCGUUUUGGCUUUGGUCUUCUUGCUUCACUGGUGAAGCGCCCAUAUUAACUAGCUGAGCUAGGAGGGCAGAGGGGCGAAGAUCGAUUUAUGUAUCUAUGAGCACUAGAUUAUGAAACCAUGAACCUUAUCAGCAUUUCACAUCUGUUAGCCUGCGGAUCUCUCGGAAGAUGGACGCGAUGUCGACCGAGUAGAUAGAUCGCAGUAGUAGAGAUGGUUUGAACGAGGAGCACCUGGGAAUAGUGCCGGGGAUGUU